ACCUUUUCCCCUUGCCCCUCUCCAGUCUCUCCUUCCAGUCCCCUUCUUUUUACUCUUCCUCUUCCGCUUCCGCUUCCUCCUCUUCUCUCUCUCCCUCUUUCCCUCUCCUCCGAAUAUCAAUCUGAUCCGUGCCAAUGUCCGUCGCCAAGGAUCUGGUCGACGAGGCCAAGCGGCUUGCGAGCCAAUUCGUCUACCCCGCUGAAAGCGUCAGACGCGAUGUCGCCGAGUUUAUGCAGGAGAUGGAGGACGGCCUGCUCGAAGAGGGCACGACUCUAGGCCAAAUUCCAACCUUCAUCACCUCCGUUCCUGAUGGCAGCGAAAAGGGUCUCUAUUUGGCCGUGGACCUUGGUGGUACGAAUUUUCGCGUAUGCUCUGUGGACCUGCAUGGUGAUGGCACAUUCUCCAUGACGCAGUCCAAGAUUAUGAUCCCUCGCGAACAGAUGUGUGGCGGUACUGCGAAGGAACUCUUCUUGUUUUUAGCCAGGCAGAUUGAAGCCUUCCUCCGCAUCCACCAUAAUGAGCACUUCGAAGCACACCUGCGACGACGUUCCAGGGGCGAUGCGAUCCAGAAUGCAUUCGACCUUGGCUUCACCUUCAGCUUCCCCGUCCACCAGUUGAGUGUGAACAGUGGCACGCUGAUCCGUUGGACCAAGGGCUUCGACCUUCCCGAUGCUGUGGGAAAGGAUGUCUGCUCUCUCCUUCAAACCGCUAUCGAUGAGCUGGAUCUUCCGGUUCGCGUUGCCGCUCUUGUCAACGACACCGUCGGAACCUUGAUGGCCCGUUCCUACACCUCGGCCGGAAAGAAAGGCGCGCUAAUUGGCGCUAUCUUCGGUACUGGCACCAAUGGUGCCUACGUCGAGGACCUCAAAAGGGUCAAGAAACUGGACUCGAUGGACGGCGCUGAUUGGGACAAGCAAUGUACCAAGAUGGUCAUCAAUACGGAAUGGGGUAGCUUUGACAACCACCUGAAGGUGUUGCCCAACACGACCUUCGACCAGCAACUGGAUGCGGCCAGUAUCAACCCUGGCUAUCAGAUGUUCGAGAAGCGCGUCUCGGGAAUGUUCCUGGGCGAGAUCCUGCGUCUUGUUCUGCUUUCCAUGCACAAUGAUCCGUCCGUUAACCUGUUCCGACCCAAUGAGGUGUCGGGCGUCUUCAUCCCCCAGGAUUCAGGUCUCUAUAGACAGUGGGGAAUCGAUACUAGCUUUUUGAGUUCUGUCGAAGCAGACACCAGCUCGGAUCUUCACUACGUCAAGACCGUUAUGAAAGAACACCUCAAAAUUGAAAACCCCAGCACUGCGGAGUGCGAGGCCGUCAGGAUCAUUGCUGGCGCUAUUGCGAGGCGCGCUGCUCGACUGAGCGCUGUGCCGCUGGCUGCCAUUCUUAUCUCCACCGGUUCCAUGAACAACGGAGCUGUUGACAUUGGCGUCGACGGCAGCUUGGUCGAAUACUACCCUAACUUCGAGGGCAUAUUGCGCGAAGCCUUACGUGAAGUCUCCCAGAUUGGCCCUGAGGGGGAGAAGAAGGUAGAAAUCGGCAUCUCUAAAGACGGUAGCGGCGUCGGGGCCGCCUUGAUUGCCUUGGUAGCCCGCAGAAGAACCGCACAAAGAAUGCGAAUUGGGGAGCAAUGA